UUCCAUAUGCUUUUAAAAGACAGACAUCACUAAAAGAAAACAAGGAAAAACCAAGUCCCUCAAUGACAUCUUCUAAGAUUUGUUCAGAAUUUUAGUUACAGUUUGGGUGAAAAAGAAAACUCUGCAUAGUUAUUUAGAAACUGGCAUCGGCAAUCAUCACCAUCAUAUUGGAGUCGGUGAAGGUGAGCUCAAGUUUGUGCUUGGGUGUACAGCAACAAACAUCACAGUUUGGGUGGAAAAGAAGUGCAUAGUUAUUUAAAAACUGGCAUCGUCAAUCAUCACCAUCACAUUGGAGUCGGUGAAGAACAUGGAACAUGACGACUCUUCCAACUCAGUGGAGAUUCCAAUGAUGAAGAUGGACAAUGGAGGCUUGUGUCCUGAGUACCGCCACACUGAUGAUCCCUAUGUAGAAAUUGUUGAGCAACCCCAGGCGAGGGGUUUCAGAUUCCGGUAUGAGUGCGAGGGACCAUCUCAUGGUGGGCUUCAAGGAGAGAAGAGUGAAAAGUACAGGAAAACAUUUCCCUCUAUCAGGAUACGGAAUUACAAUGGUUCAGCCCGUAUUGUGGUUACCUUGGUAACAAAUGAAGCAAUUCCAAAGCCUCAUGCUCACAAGCUGGUGGGGAAGAAUUGUAACGAUGGAUCCUGUAUUGUAGAGCUGAAGCCAAGCCAGAAUAUCAUCACAUUUCCAAACUUGUGUAUCCAGCACGUUACGAGAAGAAAAGCCAGUGAGGUGAUUGAGCACAGGAUACUGGAGUCCAUGAAGCUCGAUAAGCAGGUCAAACUGGGAAACCUCAACGCCCAAGCUGAUUUGUCAGAUGAUGAAAAAUCGCAGGCAAGUACCCAGGCAAACCAGCUAGCGAAGGACAUGCAGCUAAAUGUCGUAAAACUGUGUUUCCAAGCGUAUCUCAGGGACGAAAAUGGCAAGAUUUGUCACCUGCUGCCUCCCGUUCUAUCCUCGGCUAUUUAUGAUAGCAAGGCACCAGGAGCCAAUGCAUUGAAGAUCUGUCGCAUGGACAAAUAUGGCGGUUGUUGUACAGGAAAUGAAGAAGUCUUCCUGCUGUGUGAAAGAGUUCAAAAAGAUGACAUUCAAGUUCGGUUUGUGGAACAGGACGAUGACGGGAAAACGAUAUGGGAGGCAUUUGGAAACUUUGGUCCAUUUGAUGUUCACAGGCAGUAUGCCAUUGUGUUCAAGACACCAGCGUACAAGAACCCGAACAUAGACCGACCAGUGUCUGUUAUCAUCAUGUUACAGAGGAAGUCCGACACCGAGACAAGUGAACCGAAGUCCUUCACCUAUUACCCGCAGUCAUUCGAUAAGGAUGAAAUUGCCAAAAAGAGGAAGAAGACCUUACCAAGCUACCCAGGCAGUAAUGGCUUUGGGGGUGGGGGCGGGGGAGAGGAUGGUCGACCUAAUUUAAAUACUAACAGUUUCCUUAAUGGAGGUUUAUCUUUUGGUCCACCUCAAGGAAACAUACCUGUAAUGGUUAAUGACUCGGAACAAUCUAUGUCCAAUGACAGCGUACACAAUUCUUCACCACCUCCAAAGAUUUCCAAUGUUAACAAGAGGCGCAUUAAUAAAGCCAAACGUCAGGGCAUCAAGACGGUAGAUAUAGAGGUGGACAGUGGAAGGGUUCAGGGCCUGCCCACCAUCAUCACCGAGCCGUCCCAGCUACAAGUGGCUGGGCCACCAGACAUACGUAUGACAACAGCGAAUUUCCCGCAACUCCACAACAUCAACCUGCAGCAUAAUAUAACACACUUCACGACCCAGAAUUUCCCGCCACAAAUUUUAUUACCACGUGGAGGAGGAGGGAGACCGAUGAGUGUUAGAGACUCCUCCAAUGACAGCACCUCGUCAGGAAUGGACGAGAUUGACGCAACGGUGUGUGACAAUGUGACAGAGUUAAUCUCAGACAAAGACGACGAUUCUGUGGUUGUAAACAAGGACAUCAUGAUGCCGCAGGAAAAUAGCCCCGACUCGGGCAGGGACACCCCCGAUGAUAUUGAAAGUGAUGGGCACGCUGGAGUAGCCAUCCACAGAGUCAGCACCAGUGAAACUAGCGACAUUUAUACUAAAACAGCAGGGCCAAAACUGGACAGUGCAUGUGCUAGUGAAAGUGAAGUUCUAUCCACCCCUGUGGAGACUCAGGAGGCAGACUUAGCAGCAGAAACAUCUAUGGCAGCUUUAAGGAUAUGUGAUCAAAGUGUCCAGACAGACAAGGACGCAGUGGCCCGCACCACGGAGAGGACGGUGAAAGCCCUGCAGACGUACGCCUCCACUGGAGACAUCAGACAACUCCUCCUCGUACAACGCUACCUCACGUCAGUACCGGACCAGAAUGGAGACAUUCCUCUGCACACAGCCAUCAUUAACGGGAACACGGAGGUGGUGAACAAUUUAUUGGAUGUCAUGCAAACAAUGCCGAACCUCUGGCUAAAGAUCAACGCUUACAACAACUUAUUACAGACACCCCUCCAUUUGGCUGUUCUUACCGGUCAGGAUAAAAUCAUUGACCGUCUUCUGUGUGGGGGAGCCAACACAAAAUUGCCAGACCGAAAUGGCAACACCCCUGGUCAUCUGGCAGUCCAGACUGGCAAUACAAGCUGUUUGGCUAAACUCCUAAAGUAUCAACGUCCAUUCUCUACGCCCCAAAAUCCAUUCCCUGAACUCAACAUGAAAAACUUUGAUGGUUUCACACCAGCUCAUAUAGCAGCCCAGAAGGGAAAUCUCCAGGCCAUGAAAUUAAUUGUGCGCUGCAAGGGCAACAUUAACAUGGUGGAUGGUAAAAGUGGAAAAACACCCCUCCACUACUCGGUAGAAGAAGAUGAUUUAAGUGUCAGUAGCUACCUCAUUCUCGAGGCAGGAGCUUCUGUGGAUGCCGCCUGCUUCAAUGGAAACACAGCUCUACAUAUCGCCUGUGGUCGACAGAAUAGUGGGAUGGUGGCACUACUAAUGGCGGCUGGAGCCAAUCCAGAAAUAGAAAAUUCUGAGGUUCUGAAAACCUAUCCGUCUAGUGAAGAUGACGAGGAGGAAGAGUCAGACAAAGUCUUACCCGGACACAAGCCACAUCAUUACGCAGCUAGCAACACAAGAAUACUGAAGAUCCUGAGUGGUGAGCCUUAUGGAGGGGACUCUAUUGGAGGUGUCAAGAGUAUCUCAGAAAGGACUAAUCUGUACCUAGACACUAGUAGUCUGCUGGCCUCUGAAGACUUCCAGACGGAUUCAGCAAGCUCCCCGGGUCAUGUGACGGAGUCCCAUACCACUCCCCUCACCUGUCCACCCACCAUCAGUGCUGUUUUAUCUAGUAGUGAAGAUGGUGACAUAGAGAAAAUCAGCUACCCAGUGCGUGUGCAGCUGUCCAAGUUUCUGGACCCCCAACAGAGCGGGCGUGACUGGGUGACCCUGGCGGAGAGACUGGGACUGCGACAGUCGGUGGAGGGGCACCAGGGAGGAUUCAGCCCCACCAGACUCCUUCUGACAUUUUAUGAGUCAUGUGGAGGCACCAUAUCCAAACUGCUUGAAGCCCUGGUUGCCAUGGAGAGAUUUGAUGCUGUGGAGUUACUUAACUCAUCCCUCAGUUUACAGACGGAUGACUGUAAACAGCGAGCCAUUCAGAGAGGUAUAACGGGAAGUCGACCUGAAGGUCAAAUUCAGGUCAUACACUAGCAGUAUCAUCACCAUAGCAACAACAAGCAUGGAUUCAAGUCUCUAGUGCUAAACCUCAGCAUUUACCUUAAAAAUAUGUCAUUCACUCUGUGGUUUUAGUUUUGUGGAUCUGUAAAUGUCUUUGAUUUGUCUGAAUGAAAAAAUCAUUACUGGUACAAGGCUUUAUAAUGUUAUUUCAAUGAUUCUUUUGUACAUUGCCAGCUACUGGACUGAUAUUGGGAGACUGUUUGUAAACUGUAUAUGAAGGAACCAUAGUUUAGAACACCAAUGCUGUAACAGUUUAGAACCCUGUGGGUUUCUUGUACAUACGUAGUGAUGGCAUUUUAUAGAUAGUGUUUAUGUAUGCUAGGGAAGCAUGCCUGUAACCACAAUUUUUCAUAAGUAGGUAGAAAUACCAAGGUUUUCAGAAUUCAGAAGGGGGGGGGGGGGGGGGGGGGGGGGGGGGUUGUAAAUUUCUGGAUUAUCAAGGGUUUUGAUCUUUUGAUGUAUGAAACUUGAAUUUUGAGAGGCAGAACAGACUAACAUAAAGUAAAACAAAAUACCAUAAAAUAGCACAAUAGUAAUGGAAAUUAGCAGUUGAAUACUGCUUUUAAGUAUAUUUUUGGCUUUGAUAGUGCUUCACUUUGGGGGGGGGGGGGGGGGGGGGGAUGCAGAUGCACCCCCUGGUUUAUGGGCCUGGUUAGAUUGAUAAUUGUUUUAACUUACAUUAGGUAGUAACAUAAUUCAGUAAUCCAUUGUUAUCCAAUAAAUGAUGUAAAAGCACAUACAUGCCCAAGAAAUUUUAAGCAUGUAUGCACACAAUAAAUUAAUGUACAAUGUUCAAGUAUAAUGAACAAGAUGAUAAAGUUUACAUUUUAUACAACAUGUGAUGUCACUACAGAAAUUUUUGUCGUCAGUAUGCGAGUUAUUUAUUGAUAGACAAUGAAAUGGUUCGAUUUCAUCAUUGAUGCAAUUAGAGAUGAGGGAUAUAGGAGUGAUUUGACAAGGACAACUAGGAUUUACGGGGUUUUUAAAACAUUUAUUUUUAUCAGGGCAUGUUAAGUUUAUAAAUUUUACCACUGCUUGUAUCACAAAUGUAUACAGUGGUACAUGCUAAACAGAUAUAUAUCACAUAUGUGUAUAUCAAUACAAUAAAGCUUGGCUUUACA